CCGUGGGACAAGACAUUACUUUUUUGCAUGUAACAAGUGGUCGCUUGCAGUUAGCAAAUUAUCUUCUCGUCAACCGCUCCAAUGGUUCCAUUUCGGAAAUAAGAUAUCUCAGAGAAAGCGUAUACCUUUUCGAUGCAGAUACAAGUUUUUUUCUAGAUGUUAUGCCGUUUCAGAGAGGAGUCAAAUGCGAAAAGGUAGGACGCUCUAACGUCAACAGGCGUUCAAGAGGGACAAGAGGAAUGCAUCGAGAAGAAGAGUGCACGCUGUAGACCUCCACGAUACAAGUAUCCAGAGCCAUGAAACUGAAUCCACAACAAGCUCCACUUUAUGGGGAGUGCGUGUUGACGGUGUGCCUGGAGGAGGAAGAGGCAUGCGGGCCUGGGCACGAUGCAAAGAGCGGGGACGGCGGCGGGGAGAAGGUGUUCUACCUCCUGUUCUCCGGCUCCACCCAGCGCCAUCUCACCACGACGCUGCAAGUUAGCAAUGUGACUCUACAGGCCGUAUGCCCAGCCCACGACGUUUGUGAGCAGGUCGUGGUGACGCUGUGUGUGGUGCGGCCCGACGGACAGGUGGCCCCCCGGGCACAGCAGCACUUCUGCUACGUACAGGACCUUGCCCUGCAUAUGGCCCACUUCCUGCUCCACAACGGAGCACCGCAGGGGGUGAUGCUGUUGGACGACCAGCAGGUUCCACUCAAAGAAUGCGAGCGGCUGGACCAGAGUCUUGCGCUGGCCCUGAGACACCUCACCUUGCCCUGCCCCUGGGCGGAGACACCCCAGCAGGGGCUUGGCACCGGCGCGCCCGCUGAAGCGCUUGCCGUUGAACACGCGGAUACAAGCGUCGAGGCGAACCUGGACAAACUCGUAAUCGUCCACACGGAAACGGGCGUAGACACGGAGACGCACACGAACACGUGCGCAGGCGGGCUCACGCACGCCACGGAGCCCGUGGACCCGCUGGGUGAGAACACGACGGGUCCAGAGAACCGCAUAGAUGUCUCCCAGUGGGGGGGCCGUCGGUGGUCAGCCUUGCUCCACUUUGCGGCCAGCCGUGGCCUGAGGAGGGUGGCGUUGUUCCUGCUCCGGCAGCCGGCGGCUAGAGAGUCGCUGAGGCAGCGGGACGCCCAGGGAGACACCCCCGCCAGCCUGGCCCGGAGGAAAGGACACCAGCAGCUGGCCGAGCUCUUCACACGGUGCGAGACGUCGGCAGAAGACAUUCAGGAGGGCUCCGAGGGCUGGCUCCAGGUUUACCCAGAGGGCGGAGCGCUGCAGUGUCACCCGGGCCUGGGCACCCACACCCUUACGCUCCCUGCUCGCCAGGUGAAGGAGAGCGAGGAGGUAGAGAGGGGAGACGGGCAGAGGAGGGAAAGCCGUUUGCUGAAGGGCGAGGUGGAAGAGCUGAGGAGACUGGUCCAGAUACACAGAGAGCAGAAGGGAAAAUUGGAUUUCUGUGAUUCCAGUUCCCCGAUUACCUGGUUCAACCCAUCUCCCCUUUGGUCAUGGACUAUGCAGCCCUGCUGGUAGGGCGUGUCCUAAAUCCAAUGGCCAAUCAGAGAGACAGGAGCCUGCACAGCCGGCUGUAGAAGCCCCGGAAAAGUGCUGCAAAGCAACAGAAAU